UUCUACUGUGUGGAAAUAUGGUGACUGUCCCUUUAAAUCCCCCCCCACAAAAAUAGAGGCGGCCUCUUUUAUCCUCUCUGUCCCAUAAUACUCCUCUUCCCCAUUGAAGAUGGCGGCUUUCAGUAGCUCUUGGAAAGGCGUUUGGAAACUUGGUUGUCUGCCUAUUCUACAGCAUAUCCGCCAUGGCUCCAAAGCUGUCACCCGACAUUGGAGAGAGAUGAACUUUAUGCGGCAGAAACUAAUGGCAGUGACAGAAUACAUACCUCCGAAACCUGCAAUCCCUGAAGAAUGCAUUAAACCCCCUGCCACACUUAUGGAGGAGGAAAAUGGUUACACGCGGCUGUUGCGUCGGCAAGUGGAGCAAACAUUCCUUGAGAAUAAAAUGAUUGCUGUUUGCCAAUAUAACUACAUCCAUGGAAAUGACAUGAUACUGAUGAGGCAUCAGCUACGGAAGCACAACAUCCAUGUCAAAUUUUUCCCCAAUGAGAUUGUGAGACCUUUUCUUUUGGAUUCCAAGUUCAAAAACCUCUUGCCUCUCUUUGUUGACCGAAAUCUUCUAAUGGUGAGUCCAGAAACAAAGGCACAAGAAAUGUUGAGAAUCUUGAAGAGAAUGCCACAAAUUGUUCUUCUAGGAGUUUAUGUUGACAAUGCAAUCCUAAGCCAACAAGGUUUCACCAACUAUGCCAAGCUGCCUUCCAUGGUGACGGCCCAAGGAGAAGUAGUGGGCGCGCUCUCUCUCCUGACAUCUCAAACCAGUACAAUUUUGCAGCGUGGCCCAGCUCACUUGGCAUCUUUGUUGGACCAAUAUGUUAAACAGCAGAGUAGUGAGGCAGAUACAUCAAAGGAAAUGGGAACUCCUAACAAGUCGGAAGCUUCUUGAUGAACAUUCUUCAACUUGAACCUGUGUAUUGCAUGUUUGUGAGAAAGGAGUUCAGUUGGCAGGACUGACUUUUUAAAUAUCGGUUGGAUUGAGAGAACGAGAAAGAGAUAAUGAAUGAGGGAUACUGGAGUCUAGAUUCUUGUCUGAAUAUUAGAUUAUCACAUAACACAUGUCUACACUGUUUUAUAUGACAAGCCAUAAAGCAUGGAAACAAGCCAGCAAAUUGAGUAACCCAUUGGAAAUAUAUUUCAAAUCACAAUAGACUCACAAUGACGAGCAGAGAAAUACAGUGCUAAACCUGACAUUUUUUUUAUGAUAAAGCCUUCUGAACUUUAUAUGGCAUAAAAAAAAUAUGCCAUAUGUCUAAAACUGUAAUAUUAAAUAUUUUUAAUGAA